GCUACGCCUGCCAUAGGAAGUGCUGCACCAAGAUGACCACCAAGUGCAGUAAAAAGUACGAUCCGGAGCUGUCGUCCAGGCAGUACGGUGUGGAGUUGUCCCGUCUGACCAGCGAGGAGCGGACGGUGCCGCAGCUCGUGGAGAAACUCAUCAACUACAUCGAGAUGCACGGCCUCUACACCGAGGGCAUCUACAGGAAGUCAGGCUCCACCAAUAAGAUCAAAGAGCUGCGCCUGGGGCUGGACACAGAUGUGAACGUUGUGAACCUGGACGACUACAACAUCCACGUCAUUGCCAGUGUUCUCAAACAGUGGCUGCGUGACCUGCCCAGCCCUCUCAUGACCUUCGAACUGUACGAGGAGUUCCUCCGGGCCAUGGGCCAGUCAGAUCGGCGCGAGGUGAUAACAGGAGUGUAUUCUGUGAUUGACCAGCUCAGCAGGACUCACCUCAGCACGCUGGAGCGCCUCAUCUUCCAUCUGGUCAGUCUGAACUGCCUGCAACUUGUACCAAGACACACAACUGGAGAACGGGUGAGCUCCAUUAAUGGCUUCAAACUCAGUCUGUCUGCAGGGGGAGGAACAGAUUAUCCGACUCUGUCCUCAGAGUCCAGUCCAACCACAGAGGGACUGUCUAGGUUCAAUCUGCCCCUUUCAGCACUUGGGAGAAAUCCCCGAGCGGGUGAGAGUACAUCUUCCCCGCAGCCCUCCCCCGAGCAGCUUCCUCCUGCCACCAGCGGCCAUCAGUCAGUCACAGAUCCCGCCUCCUGCCCGUGUCUCUAA